GCAUUGGAAACCUGGAAGAAUGAAGUGUGGUGGCUGCUUUCUCUUGGCUUGCAUCCUCUGCCUGUUUUUUUAUGGAGAAUAUGCUGUCUGUACCCCUCUCUCCAUCCCAAAUCAGGACACCUCACUCCCAGAGCAGGUAUCUUGCUUUGCUGCGAAGAAGUCUACGAGAUCCAUAGACAGCCUGUACCUGGGAGGUGAAGACAAACAGAAUGACUUACGCUUGGAAUUCCAGCUUGCAGACAUUACGAGUAACUUGUCCUCAUUUGAUUUGCGGACCUUUGAUUCGGAAGGCGUUAUUUUCUAUGGUGAUGUUGGCAAGGAUAACUGGUUUGUGCUUGGGAUACGUGAAAAGAAACUGGAGGUCCAGAUGAGCAACAGUCAUGGGCAAAUGAUUUUAUCCAAGUGGGGACCUGAUGUGAGUGAUGGUAAAUGGAGAAAGGUGUCAGUGGACAGCAGCAUCAAUACAAUUGAAGUGAGAGUAGACGGGGAGGUUGUGGUACAGUUAACACAUUACGUCAACACUCAGCUUACCCCUGUAAGUGUCUCUACCCUCGUCAUCAUCCUUGGUGACCUGCCAGAAGAAAGCAACCUCCAGCUUUUGAAGCCGCUGCAGCCCACCUUGGAUGCGUGCAUGCGUAACUGGGCCUGGGUGAAAAAACACACACAAGCUCUGGAUACGGCAAUGGAGACCGACGAGAACCGUCGUUGCUUUGAAAAGGAAGAGCCGGGCUCAUUUUUCCCUGUCCAUGGUUAUGCCAUCUUUAAACCAGACUUGUUUCAAACAUCAGACAAUGAAAUGUGGGGUCUGUCUGUGAGAGUCUCUUUCCGGGUCAGAGAUAGCGGUGGAGUUAUAUUUUCACUACAUGGAGCUGGAAGUUCCACCAUACUAACUGUCAACCUGGACUGGCAGAAACAGAUUCUUGCCGUGACUCUGUUCGAUAAACUAACAGGUUCUGUGAUGUUCCCGGUGGAUUUGUGUCCAAGCCACUGGCAGUUUGCAGACAUUCUAAUCCAAUCGAACAAAUUGUCUCUGAAGGCAGGAGAGGCUACAUCAUCUUGGGACAUUGAAUCUGCUGACCUCAAGGCUUUGGAAGAGAAAUGGAUAGAUCCCGCUGCUGACAUUUAUAUUGGAGGACUUCCAGAUAAUUCUGCGAAAGAAGCAUCACAUUUCUCUGGAUGUUUGAAGAUAACUCUUCAAGGCAAAGUUAUAGAUCUGGACAAAGCUCAUUUUAAACAUCCACAUGUGCGUAGCCACAGCUGUCCUGUGGGGAUAUAGGGAAGAUCUCACAACCUUCGUGUACAUAUUAAAAUGUAACAUGUUGUAUUUACAGCUGCUAUGUUUCCGUCAUCACUCUAUGUCUGAAUGAGUUUCCAACUUACUUUUAGACACUGAGCCUUGUUAUUGUAGUGUAAUUUGUAAUGGGAUAAUUGUUGACCGCCAUCUUGGCACACACACACGCAUUAUAACCAUUAAAUCCAGUUAUUACAGGGACUAGCCGACUGGCUAUCAUCAAGCUAGAGGUAAUAAGCUAUACUUGUUGCAUUAAGAAGAUUAUGAAUCUUGGGGAUACAUCAAUAGAACUAAAAUGAAAGAACAUCAUUUGAAGUCUGAGAAAUAAAUAUAAAUAAUGUACAUAAUCUCAUGUAGCUGAGGGAGAGCGAUUCUCCACAUUGUGGUGCUAUCCUCUUAAAGGAACCAUAUGGGCACCAUAUCAACUUAAUCGAAAUUAAGCUGUUAUGGUGCCCAGAGGUCCAUGGUGCUUUUUUUUUUUUUUACCGUAAAGGGGUUAAAUUGUUCUUGAAUUUCAAAGGUUGAUCACUAGAUAUCCCUUUCCCCAGCAGCAUCUGGUUUCUUAAAUUGAGUUUCAGGAAACGCAAAGUGCCGUUGGGCAGGAGCGCUGCUAAUUGACUAGAGUGGUCAGCUAAUGCUCUAUUCAUAAAAAGUUACUUGGAGAGCAACCCCUUUCCCACACUGCCACAACCCACGCAGAAUGUUAGUGUUAAGGCUAUACAGGGAUAAAAGUUCUGCACUGACUGCAGACAACUCAACCAUGGUACAACAGUAACGAUCAGGGAGUGGAACAGCAGGGGUGCGCGCACAGCUGAGCCCCUUACAGGACACUUCAGUGGGCCUAUGGCUGAAAAUCUAGUAGAACAGACCACAGAAUCUAAGGUCCUUGGUCCAUAACUGAUGUGUCCCAGUGCUUUGCACCCCUGAUAGAUUACCUUCAGGUAAGAAAAUGCUAGCGACCUCUGGGCACCAUAAUAACUUAAUUUAAAUUAAGUUGUUAUGGUGCCUAUACAGUUCCUUUACAUCCUGACAGUUUUUCCUGCUAAAUUCUUGUGUAUGAGCAAAAAAAAAACAUAAAACAUUCAAUAUACAAAGCCUUCCAAUAUUCAUCACUUGCUUAGCUACCGUAGCGUAUGAAAAAGGUUUCCUAAAGACAAAGUAAUACCUACUAUGUCUUGUAUAUCUCUAUGGUCACAGCCGAAUUACUAUCUUUGAAUUCAGCUGACUCCUAACCGGUUGGGUUUCUUGAGAUCUGGAAUUAUAACGGCAUCUUCCGUGGGUUUUGUUUCCCCUUCAGUUUUCCUUUUCUUAUACCCCUUAUAUCUUAAUGAUUAUACCCCCAUUUAUACCCCCAUUAAGAUAAGAUAAUGGUUCUUAUCUGCUGUCACAUUCUAUGUUCCUAUGUUAUAUUUUACCAUGAUGCCUGCAGUCGGAUUCCUUUGACUGAUGGCUUGUGGGUAGAUUAGUUUAGCAACUGGCAUGGAACUCCCAAUCACUCUCCAAUAAAAAAAAG